AUGUUUAAGACGUGUGUGUUACUCGGGUUGGCUUGUAUCCUACUACAAAUAAGGGCUGAUGACGAUUUUGGUCCAGGAGUCUGGAAGGUGAUCUUCAUAGAGAAAUGCGACCAACACAGUCAUAAGUUCAUUUUCGACAUAAAACAGAAGAAAAUCAAUAGAACUCACGACGGCUUCUACGGAGAUCUUAAACUGGACGAAUUAUUCGACGAUAGUUUUGGUAUUCGUGUAGAUAUUUGCAAGCACGUGGAUGGCGGGUGUAAGCAGUACCAGGUGUUGUCAGACGAUUGCUUCAUCAACUUCGUAAACAAAUAUGCCGAGGAAAACGCUAAGGACGCCUUAGCGUGCGCUGGAGUUGUUCCUUCUGAGUUUCCAAUAAAGGAGGGUGAUUAUGAGAUACAUAACUAUGUUUUCGACUACUCGGAGCUCCCAACCGACGGGUGGUACGGCGUCUUCUGUGCCAAAGCCAUAGUGCUGAAGGGUACCGAAGAGGUUGGCUGCGUGGAGGUCCACGUCGAGUUUACAAAAAAAGAAGACGAUGAAGAUGAAUAG